CGGUCGGACGGGUCAGUAGCUGAGAGGACCGAGGACCGCGUACAGUGCAGUGUAACUCUCUCUCAGUCGCUCCGCUCGAGUCGCCGUCUCUAUAUGGAAGUGGAUUUGCCGCUACAGAGGUCCAGAAUGCUGCUAGCGGUCCUGCUUUUAGGUUUGACUCAUUCCAGUCAUGGAGGCAGCUGUAAGGACGCCGGUUUGUGCUGCAAAGGACGCGAUUCCUCCUGCGUUGCCCAGAAGGCUCCCAUCAACUCCAUCAUCGAGGACCUGGACGAUCGUCCUUGCUAUUGCGACUUUGCAUGCCUUCAUCUGGGCGACUGCUGCCCGGACCUCAAGGAGGCGUGUGGAGUUGUGGAUUGUGAGGUAUCAGAAUGGACUAGAUGGAGUGAUUGUAACAUCGACUGUGGACCUGGGGUCAUGAAGAGGUCUCGCUCUGUCACCAAAGCCCCCCGCAAUGGGGGACAGGACUGUCCCCCGCUUCUCCAACGACGGGGCUGUCUUGGCACCGACUGUCCCCAUAACCCACGCAGUGCACUUAAAGAAACAGCAAUGCUCCUACCCGCUUCCUUGGCGUAUAGCAGGCGCUUCAAUGAAACCGCUGAUAUUACAAGGAAUCUCAGACUUCGCUACAAAAAGGAUUCCUUGGAAGAACAAAGACAAGAAUACUGUGUGCAGUUCAAAAUCUUAAAAUCUUCCAAGGGCUGCAGGAAACUUCAAGAUUUCUCCUCUCUCAGAGAAGGUGAAGUGAAGUGUGUGAGGUGCGAGUUGCAGGCCAUGCGUAAAAGUCUAGGCUACAGAUGCCCAGGUCACGGCACCAUGGAGCGAGCCACUCGCUGGACGGCGCUAUCAGCACACCAGUGCCACGGACAGUGGGUCCGGCUGGAGCACUCAUACCACGGCGACUCCUGCGCUCAAUGUCCUGGACGUGGAGAGUUCAUCUUUGUAUAAUCUGACCAACUAGACGAAUGAAAUCUGGUACAUUUUUAGCGUAGGGACGUAAUGUCCCAGCCUAAACUCAUUUGAUUAUUUGAAUUGAAUGUCACUAUAAGCAUUCAUAAAAAUUUAGAUUCAUCAGAAAUAGCCACUUUAUACUCCUAAACAUGUACCGUAACCUAAACUGUGGUUAAAUAAAUUUCUUGGUCAGUCUUCUAAUAUUUUGUUUUAUUAAGGUUUGAUUGUAGCAGGGGUGAAGAAAUUUCCUCUUCAACAAACCUGCUUGUACGCUAUUCCCAUUAUGACAUAUUGUGUGUUUGAAUGUAUAUUAUCUUUAUGUUGAAUUAUAUUUAUUAGAUUAAGGAUCAGCAUUAGUUCAUUUUAAAUUAUGUUUGAAAGUUGAAAUGAUGACUAUCUAAUUUGUAAGUUUUGAAAAUCUCCUAUUAGAUUAAGAUAUACUAAGCAAGUCUGGUGCCAUAUCAUCAAUGUAUAUUUGCUAUGUAUAUACAAUAUUAUUUAAUACCUCUCUUUA